UGGUGAAUGAGUGACUGACUUAUGGAAUGGGUGAGAUGGUGAAUGAGUAAGGUGAUGAAUGAGUGAGAUGGUGAACGUGUGAGAUGGUGAAUGAGUGAGAUGAUGAAUGAGGUGCAUGAAUCACCCCAGAUGUGCACAUGAAUAAAAGUUAUAUUAAUCAAACAGCAUAGCAGCGUUGGUGUUUUAAUUAUAACACACGCACGCACGCACACGUCACCAAUACACCACCACAUGUAUCACGGCCAAUUUGACUCCACAAUAAUACAUUUUUUAAAAAUAAUUUAAUAUCAAUCAUCAAAAUAACAUCACCCCCCAAACACACACAUCAUUUUACCACUCCCAAAUAAUUUCCUCAUAGACUCAUAAAAAAAUUCAAACACUCAUAGAAAAAUUAUCCCCCACUUAUUCAGUUGUAAACUCUAUCUUUCUGUCUGUCUGUCCCUCUGUCUCUGUCGGUCUCUCUGUCUGUCUGUCUGUCUUCUCUCCCCACAGGUGUCAGCAGUUGUGGGACCUGAGUUCCCUUACCUGAGAGUUUGGAGCAGGGAGGUGUGUCUGUCUGUCUCUCUCUCUCCCUUCUUUUCCAUCCCCCUCUCUCCCCUCCCUCUUACCUCGACCUCUUCCCUGCCCUCUCUUUUCCCCCCCGUCUGCUUCCUCUGACAGCCUGCUCUUUCUGGUUCUCUCUCGUGAGUGUGCUUUCUCCCCACCUCCCUGCUUCUCACCUCCCCCUCUCGUAUGCCCUCUUUCUCACUUUCUUUUCCUUUCCCUCUCUCUUUUUCUCUCUUAUGAUCUCUUUUAUCCUUCUCUCACCCUCCCUCUCUCUUACCUGCUCUCUCUCCCGUACUCUCCCUCCCUCUUUCUCACCUGCUCUAUGUCCCUCUUUCUCCCUCACUCUCUCUCCCUCCCUCUCCCUUUUUCUUUCUCAUCCUCUCUCUCUCUCUCCCACCCUUCCUCUCCCUCUCUCCACCUCUUUCUUUCUCUCUCUCUCUUUCUCUGAGACACACACCUGUACUGUGUUAGCAGUUGAGAUUGCGUGCUCAGGUGUCACCUGCCUGUCUCACUAUGACCUUCUCUCUCCGGCUCUCCUUGGCACUCUGGAGUCUCUCCUGCGCCACAGCCGAGUGGUGUUAUCAGGGCCAGUACACCUGCAAUGAAGUCUGCAAAGCUCCUGACGAAUGGCACACCCUGUAUCCCCACUGUGGUGGGGACAGGCAAUCUCCCAUCAACAUCGUCACCAGCAAGGUCCGGCGAGACCCCACCCUGACCCCCCUCCACCUAGAGGGUUACCAUGACGCCCACGACAUCGAAGUGGAGAACGUGGGCCGCUCAGCACACUUCACCCUGCCCCACUCCCUGCGAGUUUCGGGGGGUAACCUGACGGGCACCUACAAGGCCCAGCAGUUCCACCUGCACUGGGGCACAGACGCUGGCCCCGGGUCCGAGCACACGCUGGAUGGAGAGAGGUUCCCCAUGGAGCUCCACAUUGUUCACAUUAAAGAGCAGUACAGCUCGUUGUCAGAAGCAAAAAACGACACGUCGGCCGUCGCUCUGCUCGCCUUCUUCUUCGAGGAAUCUGCUCAGGAUAACAUCCACUUUAAUGUGAUCGCCGAUGCCCUGGGGAGGGUUCGCUACGCUGGGAACAGCUCCACCGCCAAGGCCGUGCGCCUGGGGGACCUCCUGCCGGCCACCGAGGAGCUGCGCGGGUAUUACCGCUACGCGGGGUCCAUGACCACGCCCGGCUGCCAGCAGGUCGUCGUCUGGACCCUGUUCCACAGGACCAUACCUGUCAGCCGCAGACAGCUGCUGCAGGUGAGCCGCGAGCUGAGGUUCGGGACGGGGAAGCCCAUGACGGACAUCUUUCGGCCCGUGCAGCACCUGAACGGCCGCUCUGUGCUCUGGUCCGCGGCGGGCCCGGUUCUGCCCAGCCCGCUCGCUGUGUGGCUGUGCGCGCUAGCGGCACUGGGCCUGCGCUGGAAUUCUCACUGACCCUGAGGAAACAGCACCACCUUCAGGUCAGGUCGCAGGCUGCUCUAAAAGCUGAACCCCAAAUGCGCACUCACGUGCACACACUCAGACACACUAAGACGCACACACACGUACAUGCACCUGUGGGGGGGGGGGGGACAUUUGUACAGUCACCCCCAAUUUACACAUCACAUAUUUAUAUAUUCAUGAAAGACUAUUUAGUUAAUAUUCAGCUCAAUUCAGGAAAUUAACUGAAAUAAAGUUAAUUUAAAAUCCUCAAGGAACAUUAUAGGAACUCUGCAACUAGCUGAACUGAAUUUCAGCUCAUUGCCUGCCUGUGUUGUCGAUUAAAUGACAGAUUGUUAAAAGUUAGAGAGAACAUGCAUUUUUUUUUUGAUCAGAUGGGUAAAACUCAAUACUUUUCAAGUCUUAAGGAUAACUGCUGUGUAGAUCAGGUUUGGGCCGUGGAAGGUACACUAUAUGGCCAAAUGUAUGUGGACACCUGACAUCCAACAUCUCCCCAAACUGCACGGAAUAGUCUAAACUGUCAUUGCAUUAAGAUUUUCCUUCACUGGAACGAAGGGGCCUAGCCCAAACCAUAAAAAACAGCCCCAGACCAAGGGGCGUCCAGAUACACUAAAUGACCAAAAGUAUCUCUUGGGUUGUGAAAUCAUUAUGAGUAACCCUGGGCUUACGGCAAGCACAGCAUUCUCCCAGUGCUCUCGAUGGAAAGCAUUCCUUUUCCAUGGGGAGAGAGGAGACCCACGUUAGUUCCUACUGCACCCAAAUGCUUGCAAUAAUUGUCCUUGACGCUCUUGCUUGGUUAGCAGAUUCUCAUUUAGGCCAGCAGUGCUAAAGUCACGGGGAUUAUCCCGUUGUGCUAUCGAGUAGCUUACAGCAACAAUGCAAUGCAGUUGGGCCUGUGUGGGAAAAAAGGUGUUAGAAUUCAUCAAAUGUUAUUCUGUGUUUGUACAAAUGAAUGCUGAAUGGAAAAAAUAAAACCAGUUAAAACACA